CUAAAGUUAUAAUGUCGCUGUAUGGAUAUUUCAAGCUGUUUGAUUCGUACCCCCGUGAUUCAUGUAAAUUUUGAAACGUCGUGUUUUCAUAUUCCCGGUAUACCAUGAACAGGGAAAGUUUAUUGUUUGUGUGUUUGGUCCUAGUGUCGGGGACAUGCGCACUGACCUGUACACAGAAAGACUUGUGUUCAUGUAAAAUGGACGACGGCAGUGGGGACGUUGAUGUUUCUACACUUGGUAACCAGGACGGAACAGCAAUGUUCCAAGACAUGAUCGCUGCGGAUGGGUUAGAGUAUUCCCUUAAUUUGUGUUACCCAUUUAACGAGAAGUCGUGUGUAAACACAGCAGCUUGCCAGAUUUCGCUUGACGGAUCCAGUUACGCGAUAGGAGAUGCAACCAACGUUGGCUUUGAGACGGACACGCUGGAUCAGGUCCAUAUCAAGUACACCAGUGUCGACGUUGCUGGGGUCAUAAAGACCACCGACGUGAGGAUGAUCUGCAGUCCCUCAGCUGACCCUCCACUGGUUACCGCCAACGGGGAAACAGCUCCCGGAUCUAAUUCCUAUGAAUUCCUGCUGUACUCAAAAUGUGGCUGUGCAGGUCAGUGUGACGGUGGUCCAGGACCACGGCCUAACAAAGCAGGGUCUACAGUGACUUUCAGCGUAGGGACCAUUAUCAUCAUUGUCGCUCUAUCACUCGGAUGUUUAUACAUGGUUGGAGGUAUUUUAUAUAUGAAGAUGGUUCGCCAUGCCCAGGGCAAAGAGGUUGUUCCUAAUGUCUCGUUCUGGGGAAGUUUUCCCGGCCUUGUCAAGGAGGGAUUUGUUUUUACAGUAAGCAUGUGUAGGAGAGGUCGGUACAACGAAAUAUAACAACUGUGCAACCGUAAUUCCAAGUCAAAAUCGCUAAAACUAUGGCAGAUUACGAAGAAGCGUGGACACCAUUGCUAAAGCAACAGAGAGAACAAGACGAUGCGUUCCGAAACAGUAAGCGUCUUCUGCUACAUAGACGACACUGGCAAUGAAUACACAACUGGUCAAAGUCAGAUGUAAGUCACUUAAGCCCUCAAAAUGACAAGUGGGAUAGAACGAAUGAUAGCGCUGUGUUUGUGAACAAGGCUAAGUGUAGUUAGGAUGAAACAAAUUAUUGACACCCGUAGGUAAGAGAUCAUUUUCAAGAUGGUCACCAUUCUUAUUUGCUUUCUUAAUAUCCGGAAUCUCCCUGUGGUUUUUCCCUGUGGUACUGCAGGACAAUUACUCAACUCUGUUUCCAAAACCUAAGUCUGUUUUACACUGAUAAAGACAGAUACAGAUUAAUUAUGUUGAUUUAGCUUCAACUGUAGUUAGUAUUUUCUUUAAACGUAUACAUGUAAUUAAGUAUUGUUGUUGGUGUCUAUCAUCGGAGUAUACUCAAAUAAGUAUUUGAUUGUCCUUUUCAAGUAAAUUGUAUGCUAAUGAUUUUCAUGUCUUUAAAUACGUCAUUAAGUUAAACGUGGUUGUCAUAUCCAUGUAUCUUAACUUUGUAUUUAUUUAUAUUUAGUGAGUAUGGUGGGAUACUUAAAUAAACAACACCGGAUUGUCAUUCUUGCA